UAGGCCGUGUUGGGCUGCGAGUCGAGCGCGGGCAGCUGGAAGCGCACCUCGUCGGUCGACGGGCCGUCGAUGACGCCGACGGGCUGUGCGAGCCAGUGCGCAUCCUCGACGGGCAUGUGCUGCCACGCGCCGAAGAUGGACAGAAGACUCGUCAGAAGCGUCACGAUCCAGAAGACGAACCACGCUGCAGAGCGAGCCAUCAGUUGUGCUCGUUGGCGGCUGCUCGUUGGACUCACCUGCGUCGACGCCCCGCCCGUACACGGCCGAAAAGUUGCCGCCGAGGAAGAUGACCGUCGAGACGGCGACAAAGGCGGCGCCAACGGCGGUGCUGCGCAGCGUCAGCUCAUGCCGCAGCUCGCACGAACACACUACUCACGUGGCGAGUAGCAGGCCGAGCACGGGCUUGCGGGAGAGGUUGCGCAGCAGCGCCUUUGCCUCGCUGCUCGGCGUCGCGUCCUGCGCCAGCUUGCAGAUGAUGUACAGCACGUGGCCGCAGCGUGCGAAGAAGAGCAUCAUGAUGAUGACGAUGAGGGCGAGCAGCAGCGACGAGCUGUUUCGCUGCAAGCAGUGUCAGCAUCGGCGCGGACAUGCGUUGCAAGGCGGCCACUCACGCGGGCAUCAACUGUGGCGCGCUUCUGCGGCUGCACAGCCCGAGCGACGAGCUGUGGUGCGGCAGUCGGAGCAGGCGCUGGCUGGCGCCUUGCGAGUGCAGCCGUCGGCGCGGCUGGAGCGGCCAUGCGGCGUUCCGGCGCAGCAGACGACGAUGCGGUGCGGCUCGCAGCAGAGAGGAAUCCGGAGGCCGACGCCGUGCCCGUGGCUUGCGCCGCAGACAGCACCGACGCAACCGAAGCAGACCUCGACGCGGCCGUGCGGCUCGAGAAGCCGUCGAUGACCGACGAGGCGGCGCGGUCGGCGUCGAUGGAUGCCUGGU